AGAGAAGAAAAAAAAGGAAGGUUAAAGAGGGCAUCCCGAGGGCAUUGUGGAGGCCGAUCCCUUCCCCCAUGGUCGGCGUGCUCGCCGGUUCCACCCAAACCCUAGCAACCUCACGCCGCCACCUCCCUCGCCGCCGGCCGUCGCCCUCGUCGCCGUGUGUCUCCGCCGUCAGCCGCCGGCCGCCCUCAACCGCGGGCUGCUGAUUCUGCUUUCGCCCGCAUCGGCCACCUGACCAGGGAGAGAGAGGAAGAGAAGGGGGGAAAGGAAGAGGAGUAAAAAGGAGAAGGAAGAAGAACACAGGGGGGAAAAAAGAAGAAGAAGAAGAAGAGAAGAAACGGGGAAAGGGAAGAAUUCGGGGAUUUCUCUGUGGGUUUCGUCAGAUCCUCCUUCGAUUUGUGGUUCUUGCUGCCAGGGUCGUGGUGCGAAUCAAGAAGUGGAAACCUCCACCCAUCGCUCAUCUUCACGCGGUUAAGGAGCGAGCGAUCAAAUCAGGGGAUAAUGGAGGAGGACAGCGUCAUCAGCAACGGCGGCAGGGAGGAGGAGGUGGUGGUUGCGAACGGCAGUGGCGGAGGGGUAGGGGGGACGGCGAGGAGCAGCGGUGGGGGAGGGGGGAAGGUGGUGCAGGUGCUGCAGAGGAACUUUGGCGAGGUGCAGGGGAUUUUGGAGCAGAACCGUGUGCUGAUCCAGGAGAUCAGCCAGAACCAUGAGGCCCGCGACGCCGAUGGCCUCACCCGCAACGUCGCCCUCAUCCGGGAGCUCAACACCAACAUCGCCCGUGUCGUCGAUCUCUACGCUAAUCUCUCCGGCUCCUUCUCCCGCUCUGUCACUGCCGCUGCCAGCGCCAAUAACACCAAUGCCACCAACAGCACCUCCCCUUCUGCUGCCGCCGCAGCCAAGGCAAGCAAGCGGUCCCGCGCCACCGACACCGAGUAGAGCGCCUACAACUCCGGCUAUCCGAUUUCUUCUCCUUCUCGCCCCCAUUUUGUUCUCGCUUUUUUCUUUCUGUCUAGAAUUUUAGAUUUACUGAGCAGCAGGAGGACAGGAGGUAGAUUCGGUAUCCUGCUAAACUCUUUUUCUCUUUUCCCUCUUUUUUUCUCUUGAUGUAAUUCAGAGCUGAGAUGGACAUGACAACAGUAAACACCUGCCUUGUCAGAGAUUAAAGAAAGAUGCAGAUAUGAUAGACUGAUGUUUUCACUGUCAUGCCA